AUGCAUGUUUCUAGCUUCAACAAACAAAAUCCGCAGCUAUGGUUUGCUCAACUGGAGCGAGCAUUUCGACUCAGUGAUAUCACAUCAGAUAUCGAUAAAUUCGACUGGGUUACGAUUCAUCUGGAGCACGAUAUUUUGUUAACUGUCGAAGAUCUUAUAACACAGCCGCCCGCAGAUAAUCGCUACAAUAUUCUCAAAGGCAGGCUCCUGGCAAAAUAUUCUGAAUCGGCGGAAAGUAAGCUGCGUCGCCUGCUGCAAGGUGGAGACACUGCUGGAAUGAAGCCGUCUGAAAUUUUAUCGCACAUGAAACGACUCGCACCUGACCCGGGGAGUGCCGCAGUCAUACGAACAUUGUUUUUGGGACAAAUGCCUAGUUCGGUUCGACCUCUGUUGACUGUGUGGAAAGAGGAUAACCUCGAGCAGCUAGCGCAAAUCGCUGACAAAAUGUUGGAAGCGGUUAACUCGAACUCCAUCAACAUGAUAGCUACACACGGGGCUGAGUCGUAUGCUCAAGCCCCCACAGUUAAUGCCAUAGCUAACGAGAAUACCCCAUUAACAGAAAUCGCUAGCACUCUCAAAUCACUUGCCGUUGCUGUUAAACAACUUCAAAGUGAUGUCAAAAUUUUGAAACGAAAUCCAUCUCAACGAUCAUCAUCCAAGGGUCGUUCUCCUAGCCGUAAUACACCAAGUACUAGUGACCAAGCUGAAGCUGCUCAUGUAUGA